AUGGAGGAAAUAGGUCAACAUUAUUUAGAUGAGUUGAUCAAUCAAAAUAUGGUUCAAGUAAAGGAUAUGAGUUACGACGGGAGCCUGAAAAACCGUCAUAUUCAUGAUGUUCUUCGCGAGCUAUCCAUACGAAAAGCAAAGGAGGAAAUAAGACUUUUGCUUACAAGUCGUGAUCGGAACAUCACAAAGCAUGCUCGUUAUAUUCAUGAGAUGAAAUUGUUAGACUCUAAAGAAAGCUGGAAAUUGUUAAUGAAGAAGGCAUUCAUCGACAACAAUGAAGGCAAAUGUCCAGAAGACUUGUACGAUAUAGGGAGAGAUGUCUUGAGGAAGCGUGAUGGUCUACCAUUAGCCAUCUUUGUGGGAGGAGGCCUACUGGUUGAUAGGAUCCCGUCGAAGAGUAAAAAUAAAUAUCUUCGCUCUCUUUUCUUCCAUGGAUCUGGCAAUGAUAUUGAUGUUAAACCGUCUUAUUGGAAAAGUUUUGAACUUCUAAAGAUCCUUAAUUUUGAAGAUUUUAUAUUGAACGAGUUGCCUUAUACAAUUGGUGAACUGACUGGAUUAAGCACACUGUGUAGCUCAUUGAAGAAUCUUGUUUGUCUAAAAGUAAGAAACAUAGACAUGUACCCGACAAGUAUGGACGUUCUUGAUACUAUGUGCAAUCGCACUAAACUUAAACUGGAAGGUAAACUUACCAAGUUACCUGAUUUACCUCCAAAUCUUUCUUACUUGACCUUGGUACAUGGUGAGCUCCUCCACGACCCAAUGCCAGUGCUCGAGAAGCUACCAAAGUUAUUGGGGCUGAAAUUGGAUUAUGCAUAUAAAGGUCAAAAAAUGGAGGUAUCAAAGAAGGGAUUUCCGAGGCUUAAGGUCCUCAUUCUCCGUGAAAUGUGGUAUCUGGAGACUAUACAAGUUGGAAAAGGAGGUGGAAUGCCGGAGCUCAAAGGAUUGGAAAUAUACGCAUGUUUCAGACUCAUGGAAGGACUCUCGAAAGAGAUGAGAUUAAUCACCAUAUUGCUUGAAGAGUAG